AUGAAAUUGUUCUACUUGUUAAAGCGAAGCCCAAAACAUGUGAGAAUACGCAGGAACGUGUAUAGUGACUCACACAUAUGCGGGAGCAAAGUGAGAUUUUGUCACACCAUAAAUUACGCGCACUUAGCGCAUUUGGUCAGCAGAAGAAGGAGCAAUUCGGACGAAGCGAGCUCGCUUCAUGCUUUGCUGAGCACUUUGACGAAACGGGGGCAAAGGGAAAAUGGCCAUUACAGUGAAGUUAACAGUUACAAGGGCCACACCUGUCACCACGAUGCAAAUCACCGUAAAUACAACAACGUUUUAAACAGGUGGAAAGAGUUAGUCAAAAUAUACAUAAGCUGGUUCCCUGAAAUUAACGAGGACAAAUAUAGGUCGAAAUGUUUUGCCCUACCCACCUAUUUGGUCAUCCAUGUGGUGAUCCCCGGUAGCAACAGAACUGAGGCCGAGGCAUUGCAACAAUUUGAGGAUUUCAACUUGGACACACUGCUAAAACGUAUUUAUCGGAACAACGCACACAUACCAAAUGGGAGCUACCCCAAGUGUCUUCCCGAAGCGACCGACCACCGUGUUUGCAAUGCAAAACAGGGAAGCUCACCACAUGGAGGUCAAACCAUUGAUGCGGAACGAACUCACAGUUUAAAAGAGGAAAGCGAUGGACAAAAUCCAGGUAAGGGCAACAAUAAGUCCACUAUAAAAAGAAAGAGAAAUGACAAUUCGGGUGCUUACGAUGUACACUACGUUAUCGGAAGAAAUGCCGGCGAUACGUACAACAAAGUACAAAGCGUUGUCAGUGGGGCGGAUGGUGCUCAGCUGAAGGUACAGGGACAGGAUCAAACCGAUCAAAGUAAUAAACGGGAGGCAUGCAGCGAAAGAAAUUACUUCUUCUCCCUUAACACGCUUGAACUGAAAGAUAACGAGGCGGACAGAGAGUUGCUAAAUCAAUGUAUUAGGGGAAGUGUUACAGAGACAAUUGAUCCCGUGGACAAUGCUCAGCCCAAUGGUGACCACCACCCCCAUCCUUUUCUCUUCAUCGUGUACGACUGUAAAACGCUAAUUCACAUAUUCAAUAACAUCAAAUUGGAAGUACCAAACAUCGGCAGCGUGUUCGAUGUGUAUAUUUUGAGUUCCCUAUUGCAGAUCGUCCAGAGGGGAGAGAAGCUUCAAAAUGUGUUUAGUGCAUAUGCAGCACAGUCUGGGAGAGGUAUGUUAUCGAUGCUGAACAGUACGCCCGAUUUGGAGCUACCCACUGUAGGGUCAAGCACGGAAUCCCACUUUGCCAUUAUUCCACCCGAAUUUUCGGACGUCAUUUCUGGGAAAUAUGGUAUUUUCGGGUGGGGCAAGUACCAGAAGAUAAAAAUAAAGAGCGAAAGAAAGAAGAAGGCGACGGAUAAGCGUGAUAUUUCGGAGGGUUACUAUCAUGCUGGUGCCACUUCUACCCCCAUCAGUGUGAAACAACAGACUAGCAAGGUGACACAGAACCACUUCAGCUUCACGCGCGUAGAAGUAAUGGACCAAAGAAGCAUUAAGAAAUUGGCUUUCGGAAAUAAAAGAAACCUGUAUGACAUCACGGAGGAAGAUAUGAUCAGCUACUGUAUAUCCAGAAACUGCUGCAUGAUGGCACUCUUCGAUGUUUUAAUGGACUUAAUAGCAAGGAAUUUAAACCUGUUAAAUAUUUACGUCAAAAUUGAGCAACCACUCAUUCUAUGUAUUAGCGAAAUUGAAAGAAGAGGAAUUUUUUUAAACCAAAAAAAAAUUGAGGAAAUUAACCAAAGUUGCAGUAACCCCUUAGUGUAUAAGAAAGAAAUAGAACACCUCUGCGGGUGUAACAUUAAUUUGAAUUCGUCCAAACAGGUGGCAUCCCUAAUAUAUAGACACUUACUCGAUCUUGCCCUAAACCCUAACAUGGAAGUAGUCGCAACGACUGCAGACGCAACGUCUGCUACAGAAGGAGUAAAUUAUGAUUAUACUGUUGAAAGGCACAACAGUGUUAAAUCGUUAAGUCACGCUUGUGAUGGAUUUGACGCAGAGGAAGGGACAUUUGAAGAUGGAGAGCAACAGGACAUAGGGAAAGUCACAGCAGGCCACCAGGUGCAAUCUUACGGAAGCUCAAACAAGGAAGAUACGAUGAGGCCAGGAACAAACUUGGAGAAGGGCAAUUUACUGGGAAACAUCAGUACACAGGGUAAUUACUCUAAUUAUGUGGAAGAGCCGUCAUUGGUCAUGGACACAUCGAUAGCAAAGAAGCUAUGCCCCAACCUCAACAGCACCAUUAGCGAAAUAAGAGGAAGCAAAUGUUUGCAAACGAACAACAAAACGCUCAAACUGAUUGUGGACGAAAUUGAACGAAAUGAACAUAUAACAGAAAGGAAAAAGGACAAAAUAAAAAAAGUUAUCAGCAACGUGAAACUGUACAGGGAGUCUAAGAAGCUGUUUCAGAAUUACAUAGAAAAUUUGCCCAAAUUUAUACAGAGGGAGACCAACAGGAUUCACUGUAACUUCAAUCAGAUAGGGGCAUCCACCGGCCGUCUGUCCUGCGAGCACCCCAACCUGCAGAACAUCCACUCGAAGUUCCGAUCCGCAGUGUCACUCAGGGGGGGUGAUAGGGGCAACGAAGAGCUCGGCAGUGCCGACGUACGGGAGGACAAGCUUACAACAACAGAAGAGGCGCCUGGCGAAAAGUUAAUGUAUGAAGAAUCCCAUCAUAGGGGCUGCUCGCGCCCAAAACUAGAUGGCGAAAACCUCAUCACCUUCGACUACAGGCAGAUGGAGUUAUUCAUCAUGGCUUACCUAAGCUUCGACAUACAGUUACUGAAAAUGCUGCAGAGUGGCGAUGUCUUCGUUGAGACCGCGAAGGUGUUAUUUAACACAACCCAAGUCACGAGCGAACUGAGAAGAAUGACCAAAACUGUGAUAUAUGGGAUUUUGUAUGGGCAGACAGAAAAUGGAUUAGCCAGAAGCCUCCUGGUGAGCGAAGAAAUGGCAAGUAACCUAAUUUCGAAUUUCUUUCAAGUUUUCCCCAAGGUGUACAGAUUUAUGCAAAUGCAGAAAAUUUUGCUAAAGCAUAUGAAUAGAGUGUAUACGUUAAUUGGGCGCAAGAGGAUAAUUGAACCCACCGUAAAAAACAAGUACCGGAUAAGUAUGAAUACGCCAAUUCAGGGGUGCGCGGCGGACGUUAUGAAGUUCGCUCUGCUUUCUUGCUUCCAUAUCAUGACGCAUGGGCGUGGGCACCAUGUCAUUAGCAAUUUCAAGGGGAUGCAUGGACCACAUAGCAAGCAGCACGUACACUCCACGUGUGCUUGGCCCCAGAACGCAAGGCUGUUAGAAAUAAACAACGUAGACACAGCACUUCUGGAGGAAAACAAACCAUUCCUAGAUGCAACAAAAUUAAUUUUGCAAGUGCACGAUGAAUUGUUAUUUGAGAGCACCAGGGUAGCCACGGCCCCAAUCAUUGGACUCUUCAGCCCCGUUCUAGAAAACGCCUUUUACAAUUUAAUUCACUACACAUGUACGUACGAUAGGUUGGUUCUACUUUAUGAUUACAUGCAUGAUCAUAUUUCUGUGCAGACGUAUAUAGAGUGUCUUCAGCUGUCUAAUAAUGUCCAAACGUGGGGUUCGGACUCCUAUGGGCCAAGUGAUAGACACUAUAAUUCGUCCAGAAGAUUAAAUGCAAUUCUUGAACAGUUUAAAUUUACAUUACCGAUUAAGGUAGAAACGGGAGAGUGUUACAAAGAGUUUUCUUAA